AUGAUGGAGGCGGCCGCGGAAGCUUCGGCGUCGGCGCGGCGCCGGACGCUGGUGCUGGUGAACCUGACGUCCAUGCUGGAGAAGGCGGACGAGGUGCUGCUGCCGGCGGUGUACCGGGAGGUGGGCGCCGCGCUGGCCGUCUCCCCCACGGCGCUCGGCUCCCUCACCCUCUGCCGCGCGCUCGUCCAGGCCCUCUCCUUCCCGCUCGCCGCCUACGCCUCCGCGCGCCACGACCGCGCCAGAGUCGUCGCCGUCGGCGCCUUCCUCGGGGCCGCCGCCACCUUCCUCGUCGCCAUCUCCCGCACCUACCUCCAGAUGGCCAUCUCGCGGGGGCUCAACGGCAUCGGCCUCGCGCUGGUCAUUCCGGCCAUCAACUCGCUGGUCGCCGACUACACGGACGACCACACCAGGGGCGCCGCCUUCGGCUGGCUGCAGAUGACCUGCAACCUCGGGUCCAUCGUGGGGGGCUCCUUCGGCGUGCUCCUCGCGCCGGUCACCUUCCUCGGCGUCCCCGGCUGGCGGCUCGCGUUCCACAUCGUGGGCAUCAUCAGCGUCGCGCUGGGCCUUCUCAUGUGGCUCCUCGCCGCCGACCCGCACUCCAAGUCCAAGAGCGCGGCGUCGGCGAGGGAGGAGGCCCGGGAGCUGCUCCGGGACGCCAGGGCCGUCGUCGCGGUGCCCACGUUCCAGGUCAUCGUCGCGCAGGGGGUCGCCGGCCUCAUCGCCUGGUCGGGGCUCAACUUCGCCACCAUGUGGCUGGAGCUCAUGGGGUUCUCGCACUGGGAGACCAGCAUCAUCACGGGGCUCUACCUGCUCGCCACCGCCCUCGGCGCGCUCUUCGGGGGCGUCGUCGGCGACGCCGUCUCGCGGCGGUUCCCCGACGCCGGCAGGAUCGCGCUGGCGCAGAUCAGCUCCGCGUCCGCGCUCCCGCUCGGCGCCGUCCUGCUGCUCGGCCUGCCCAACGACCCGUCCACCGGCGCGGCGCACGCGGCCGUGUUCUUCGUCAUGGGCUUCGCCAUUUCCUGGAACGCCUCGUCCACAAACAACCCGAUCUUCGCGGAGAUCGUGCCGGCCAAGGCGAGGACGACGGUGUACGCGCUGGACAAGUGCUUCGAGUCGGUGUUCGCCUCGUUCGCGCCGCCGGUGGUGGGCAUUCUGGCGGAGCGCGUGUUCGGCUACAAGCCGGUGUCUUCCGAGUCGAGCGUGGACAUGGACAGGGAGAACGCGGCUGCGUUGGCCAAGGCGAUGUACGUGGAGCUGGCGGUGCCCAUGGCCAUCUGCUCUUUGACCUAUGCCCUCCUGUACUGCACUUACCCCCGGGACAGAGACACCGUGAAUCUCAUGGCGUCAGAGGAAGACGAUGGCGGUGAAUCAAGUGCGUUUCGUGCCCACCAAGACGAAGAAUCCUCCCCUGUCGGUUCCUUGACCCAGAGGCUGAUACCCACGACCACGACAGACUAG